CAGCAUCAUUAUUGGUAACCCUGGACAAAGUGCUAUAGAGCAGUUUACUUUGGCCUAGAAGAUAAUGCAUGCUGCAGGACUAAAAUAAGAGCUAGCCUUGACCUAGUAGGCUACUGCUGUUUCCAGUUCUUGGUCAGUUACAAGUUUACCCAUAAGUUUUUGUCAUAAAUAAGAUUUGCGUUUUUUUUCUUUGAGCUUAAUCAAAAAUAAUCAUCAAUUCCAAUAUUGCUAGCUACACAAGUAGUGAAUAGCAGAAGAAAGCAUUGAAUUCACCUCACUGAUCACUGACUUGGGUAAAAUUGAAUUUUUUUGCACUUGACUUAAAAAGCCCGCGCUGUCAUUUGAAAAUGCAGGAUUGGUCCAACCAAACAGCCAAUAUAACGGCAGUAAAUCAAGUUGAUUUUUGAAACUUUAUAUAAUGGUCCAAUUGCAAAAGAAAAAACAUUGAUUGACACAGCAUCUGUUUGAAAUACACCCAAUUGGGUUUAAAGGGAGGCGGGCUCAUUCAGGGACCUAUAUUACCGUGAAUCGCGAUGAUUUUCAGUUAAUUUCAGUUAAUUUUUUUGUCGGUUAACCGUUGGAAGUUGUAUAGCCAAGUUAGCCUAGCUAGCCAACUGUCGAACGCAUUUUUGUUAAACAUUAAUUAGCUACAGGUCUUACUUAUAAUCAACAUGCGUGAGUGCAUCUCUAUCCACGUUGGUCAGGCCGGUGUGCAGAUCGGGAAUGCCUGCUGGGAACUAUACUGCUUGGAACAUGGGAUCCAGCCCGAUGGGCAGAUGCCCAGUGACAAAACCAUCGGCGGAGGGGAUGACUCCUUCAACACCUUCUUCAGCGAGACCGGAGCGGGAAAACACGUCCCUCGUGCUGUGUUUGUGGACCUCGAACCAACUGUUGUUGAUGAGGUCCGCACUGGGACAUACCGUCAGUUGUUCCAUCCGGAGCAGCUCAUCACCGGUAAGGAGGAUGCCGCCAACAACUAUGCUCGUGGCCACUAUACAAUUGGCAAGGAGAUUGUGGAUCUGGUGCUGGACCGAGUUCGCAAGCUGUCGGACCAGUGCACUGGGCUUCAGGGCUUCCUGAUCUUCCACAGCUUUGGUGGUGGAACCGGCUCAGGUUUUGCCUCUCUGCUCAUGGAGAGACUGUCUGUGGACUAUGGCAAGAAGUCCAAACUGGAGUUUGCCAUUUACCCCGCCCCUCAGGUGUCCACAGCAGUGGUGGAGCCCUACAAUUCUAUCCUGACCACCCACACCACUCUGGAACACUCAGACUGUGCUUUCAUGGUCGACAACGAGGCCAUCUACGACAUCUGCCGUCGUAACCUGGACAUUGAGCGCCCCACUUAUACUAACCUCAACAGGCUCAUUGGCCAGAUCGUCUCCUCCAUCACAGCUUCGCUGCGUUUCGAUGGAGCCCUCAACGUGGACCUGACUGAGUUCCAGACCAACCUGGUGCCAUACCCCCGUAUCCACUUCCCCCUGGUCACCUACGCACCCGUCAUUUCUGCUGAGAAGGCCUACCACGAGAUGCUUUCUGUGGCAGAGAUCACCAACGCUUGCUUCGAGCCAGCCAACCAGAUGGUGAAGUGUGACCCUCGCCAUGGCAAGUACAUGGCCUGCUGCAUGCUGUAUCGGGGGGAUGUGGUGCCCAAGGAUGUCAAUGCUGCCAUCGCCACCAUCAAGACCAAACGCACUAUCCAGUUUGUCGACUGGUGCCCCACCGGCUUCAAGGUAGGUAUCAACUACCAGCCACCCACGGUGGUGCCAGGUGGAGAUCUUGCCAAGGUCCAGAGAGCCGUUUGCAUGUUGAGCAACACCACAGCCAUCGCUGAGGCCUGGGCUCGGCUCGACCACAAGUUUGAUCUGAUGUACGCCAAGCGUGCCUUUGUGCACUGGUAUGUGGGAGAGGGUAUGGAGGAGGGGGAGUUCUCUGAGGCCAGAGAAGAUCUGGCUGCCCUGGAGAAGGACUACGAGGAAGUGGGAGUGGAUUCAGUGGAGGGAGAGGCUGAGGAAGGAGAGGAGUACUGAAUCCUGACCUGAUUGAAAAAUGUUUUACUGUUGAUUGGCAAUUUUAAUAAAAGUUCUGUUUUUUG